CACACGGAAGUGGGACGAAGCCCAGAUUGAACCCGAGUCUCCGGGAUCCCAGGCCAGUCUUUCCUCUCUGUCCAGCUUGUCUGGCUCCGGUUACAAUUUGUGGAACUCCAUUGCCCAAACCCGCAGGGUGCCCGGCAGUUUCCCAAGUGGUUUGGGAGCUGCAGGCUUGGUGGACUGUCUGUUAAAUGGGGAAGAUCUUGUCGCCGUGAAGUUGUAAAACCUCAGCAAAGAGCCCGAACUGAAGCUACAAGAUGGCUGACCAGGACCCUGAGGGCAUUAGCCCCCUCCAACAAAUGGUGGCCUCGGGCGCUGGGGCUGUGGUCACCUCCCUCUUCAUGACCCCUCUGGACGUGGUGAAGGUCCGCUUGCAGUCUCAGCGCCCCUCGGUAGCCCGUGAUCUAACGCCUCCCGCCAGACUCUGGAGCCUCUCCUACACCAAAUUGCCCUCCUCUCUCCAAUCCACAGGGAAGUGCCUCCUGUACUGCAGUGGUGUCCUAGAGCCCCUGUAUCUGUGCCCAAAUGGUGCCCGCUGUGCCACCUGGUUUCAGGACCCGACUCGCUUCACUGGCACCAUGGAUGCCUUUGUGAAGAUUGUGAGACAUGAGGGCACCAGGACCCUGUGGAGUGGCCUCCCAGCCACCCUGGUGAUGACUGUACCAGCGACUGCCAUCUACUUCACCGCCUAUGACCAACUCAAGGCCUUCCUGUGUGGUCAAGCUCUGACCUCUGACCUCUAUGCACCUAUGGUGGCCGGUGCAUUGGCCCGCCUGGGCACGGUGACUGUGAUCAGUCCCCUGGAGCUGGUGCGGACAAAGCUGCAGGCUCGGCAUCUGUCGUACCGGGAGCUGGGCACCUGUUUCCGAGCUGCUGUGGCUCAGGGCGGCUGGCGCUCGCUGUGGCUGGGCUGGGGUCCCACUGCCCUUCGGGAUGUGCCCUUCUCAGCCCUGUACUGGUUCAAUUAUGAGCUGGUGAAGAGCUGGCUGAGUGGGCUCAGGCCAAAGGACCAGACCUCCGUGGGCAUCAGCUUUGUGGCUGGCGGCAUCUCAGGGAUGGUGGCGGCCACCCUAACUCUACCCUUCGAUGUGGUGAAGACUCAACGCCAGGUUGCACUGGGAGCCAUGGAGACAGUGAGAGUGAUGCCCCCGCACACUGACUCCACCUGGCUGCUGCUGCGGAGGAUCCAAGCCGAGUCAGGCACCAGGGGACUCUUUGCAGGCUUCCUCCCGAGGAUCAUCAAGGCUGCCCCCUCCUGUGCCAUCAUGAUCAGCACCUAUGAGUUCGGCAAAAGCUUCUUCCAGAGGCUCAACCAGGAACAGCCUCUGGGCCCCUGAAAGGAGAAGGAAACAAGGACCCCUUCUCUUCCGUGGAUGGUGGUGGGGCAGGAGGAGACUGAGCCAAGUGCCUUUUCCUCAGCACUGCGGGGAGGGGCCUCCUUUCUCUUUCCUUUCAACUCUGAGCCCCGGGGGAGGGGGCUGCCCCUCUGGGCCCUACCCACCCUCCUCAGACCACUUUUUUCCUGCUGCUCCCCAGCCCCAAGAAUCAUCAUUCCUUCCCCCCAAGUUCAAGACCAAAUCUGCUAACUACUGCCCCCCCCCCACACAAUUUACCUGUAUGUUGCUGUAGCUGGGCCUUGCCCCCAGGAGCCACAAGACCCUGUGCCUGGCAUAGUCUGCACCCACUCCUGUUAAUUCCUUGAGUCUAGAGAUGAUAAACUGUUCUCCAGUG